CUGAGAGUGGGCGAGCUAGCGAAGAGACCAUGAAAGAAAUGUGUUCUAACAUGGUCUGUUCUUCACAUACGAGAACGACUUUGGUUGUGUGUCCGCCAACUGUGCUUUCAGUGUGGAUAACACAGUUAGAAGAACACACUAAAGUUGGUUCUUUGAAGGUGUACAUGUACCAUGGUAGCAAGAGGACUAAAGAUGCCAACGUCCUUCAACAGUAUGAUUUGGUUUUGACAACUUAUAACACUUUGGCUAAAGAACAUGAGUUGUUGGACUCACCAACGAAACUGAUAGAGUGGUGGAGAGUUGUUCUUGAUGAGGCACACGUGAUUAAGAAUGAAGAUUCUAAGCAG